GCAAUACUUGUACGGUAGUGGAGGGGAACAAGGUGAAGGAGUGCAAUCAGCUUCACUAAGUCUGGGAGACAAGAGAAAGCUUGAAGCCUCCAUCCUCAGGAUGACAAAGACCCUGGCGGAGACUUGUUCCAGCUACUACACCUCUAAUAACACAUUUAUCAAUAGUUUUGGGUGCCCAAGAAAAGAUGACACUGUGGAUCUCAUAUACUGCUGUGGAUUCGUUGACUUAAAAUAUUGCUGCAAUGAACCUGGAAACUAUUUUCCCUACAAACAUGAUUACAUGUUGUCUCUUAGUAUAGGAGCUUUGGUUGGUCUGGCAAUCGCAGCGUUGGUGUUAUUAGCAUUUGUUGUCAGUGUGUGCGUGCUGUGCUAUUUAUUUCUAUACACAAAGCCCCAGAGAAUAGACACUGGACUAAAACUACAGCGUUCCGUGUCAUCAAGUUCACAAAAAGGUCGCUUAAGAACAAAUAUGAAACCUGGUUAUUCAGCUACCACCCAGAAUUCAACAAACCUUAUACCCUGUGACCCUGAUGGAAUUGCUCAGGAAAAGCUUACUGAAGUUACACAGAUUGUUAAUAAAACUUUAACCUGA